GACGCGCUCAUCAGCUGGUGGUGCAAGAACAAGCUGUCCUCCUAUCUGCAGCAGCUCCGCCGGCUGCCGGACUCCGGGCCCUUCCAGGUGCCCCUGGAUUGGCAAGCGCUCGGGCUAGAAGACUACCCCGACGUAGUCCAGGAGCCGAUGGACCUGCAGACCAUUUCGGAGAGGCUACAAGGCAGCGGCUACGACGAUGAGGACGGGCUCGUGAUCCCGGAGGAUUUCUGGGAGGACUUGGCGCUGGUCUGGCAGAACUGCUGCACAUACUACGACGAGGACCUCGGCGUGGAGGCCGUGCAGAUGGCCGAGAGGAUGCGCCGGGUGGCCGAGGGCUACGAGGAGAAGUUCCAGGACGAGCUGGACAGGUUCGAGGAGUCCGUGGACCGCGCCUCGUACAACACGGCCAAUGCGGCCGCCAUCGCGGACGUCGCGGCGUCGAAGAUCGAAGAUGCGGCCGCGAUAAUAGGCCAGAAGCUGGGGAACAUGAGCGACUGGCGCGACUGGUUGCUUGGAGGACCAGCUGGACAGGCUCCGCAAGCGAAGAAGCCGAAGCCCAAGUGGAACCAUGGGCCACUGGGGGUGCGCUUCGCCCUGGCCGACUGCUUUCGGGAGCUGAUGCUCGGCCGCUUCGGCAAGGAGAAGGAGAAGCAGUGGAUGCUGGACUUCCGCGACAUCGAGCGCGAACUGGACGAGGCGUUCGAGCGCGCAGAGGCCAAGUUCGAGGAGGAUCUGUUGGCCAUCGAGAAGGAACUCGGCGACGAAGGCCUCGAGUACGAGGGCGCCUCCAAGAAGCUCCCGCUCGGCCAGCUGCUGCCCCAGGAGUACCUCGAGCAGCACACGAGCCGUCUCUUGAGGGUGGGCAGCCGCUGGAACGAGUCGCGGCGGCUGGAGUCGCGCCGGCCUUCCGCCACGUCGUCCAGCAACUUUGGUGGCUGCAGCGUGGCCUCCUCCAGGGCAAGCAGCAGCAAGCAGCCCUCGUCGUACGCGGAGGUGCUGCGGCGAUCGGGGCGCAGCCCAGGGCGCAGCCCGACGCGCAGCCCUGCGCGCAGCGCCACCGGGGUGUCGCCUGGCGGCUCCGUCUCACUCGCGGGCAGCCGGUCUGGCAGCGUCGCCGGCAGCCACGCCGGCAGCGUCGGCGGCCGCCGGAGCGGGCGGCGGACAGAAAGACUCAAGGAACGGCUGUCCGUCAUGGGCGUGCUUCCGGCGGCCACGCUGCCAGAGGAGGGCCAGGGCCUCGUCCCCGCCUUCGGCGUGGAGGCCAUGAAGAAGGUCAUGCCGAAGAGGCGCUCGGUGGCCCCUGCAGACGGCCACGGGAUGGUCUUCCCCGGACUGGUGGCUCCCGCGGCGAAGAAGAGCGGUGGCAGGCAGGUGGCGCUGAGGAACCCUGGUCCACUGGGGGAUGGGCAUACGCCUGACGAUGCCGAGAAAGAGGUGGACAUCAAGGGCCCUUCCACCGUCCUCGCGGGCGUGUCGCUGGCGGCGGCCUCGGGCGAGUGGCCCCACGCGGGCGUUGCCGCGGUGGUGACGCUGCUCACGGCGCUGUCGUUCUCGUGCGCCAAGCAAGAGAGGCGGCGCGACGCCGGCGGGGGCGCCGACGGCGCCGUGGCGCCGAGGGCCGCGCUGCCCCCCAGCGCGCGGUGCAAGGAGGUGGACCCGCAGGUCGCGGCAGUGGCGCGCGCAUGGCUCGGCAUGGUGCGCAAGAGCCAGCCCGCGGACGCAGGAGCCGAGCCUGCCGACGCGGCCGGCGCGUCCAGCGACCCAGGCGCCAGCGCGGGCGCAGGCCCUGCCGCGUCCGACCUCGACCGAGGCACCUGCAGCGACGCAGAGGGCUCCGCGAGGCGGGUGGUGGGCAAAGGCAAGGGCAAAGGUAAGAGCUUGACGGGCAACAUGCAGGUGCAACCGGGAGCUUUGGUCAAGGCAAAACAAGGCAGUCUCGAGGCCUAUGAAGCAAAGCUAACUCAGCAGAUCACGGCGGCGGCGGCGUCCAAGGUGCAGCGAGCCCAGCAGGCCUUUGAAAUUAUUGCGGAGGUGGAGAAGGCUGCCGAGGCGAUGACUGAGGCAACUCGCGCGUUGGCAGCCGCAGGGAAGGAGCGCGCAUGCCUUUUCGAGGCGAUGGCAGGUGCGUUCAACCCUGACCUGUUCACGAUUUCGUUGGGGACGAGUUUUUCGAAUGAUGAUAGGGUUAUGUUGGCGUCGGAUCUGGAAAAGUUGGGCCGUCGUACGAAGAAAGUGCUCGAGGAUUUCGCAGACACCGUGCGAGCUAUUCUUGGCCCGUUUAAGUCAAACAUCAGUGAGCACAGAGCCAAGCUGGAUGAGAUCCGUCUGGCUGCGGACAAGCGGAAGGCAGAUUUGCAGGCGGCUGGCGCGGCCGCUGCAGCCGACGCCGGAGCUUCAGCGCCUGCUGUCGUUCCUGGCGCCGAAGGGUUGUAUCUGAGGAAUCCAGGGGCUUGGGGCCCAGCGGCCCACAUCAUCGGUGUUUCAGAGGUCCACGUUGUCCCGUCGGAAUUUCAGGAGCUCCUGCAUGACUGGCGCAAAGCUGGAUGCACUGAUGCUUUCUCGGCUUCGCAUUCCCAGUGGGACACAGAGUGCCGCGGGGGAAUCGCCGCGGGGUUUCUCGAGCGUUCCAAGGCACGUUCGUUUCGCCACUUCGCCCGCUCGCCGAACGAUCAGGUGGGGCCCCGCGAUCUCGAUCAGGAAGGCGAGCUGCCAGGCGUCGGUUUUCGCGACGCGGUAGCCGCUCGACAUCUCGCCCAGUUUAUGGAGGCGGAUUUCGAUGCGAUCGGAGAGGCGGGCAAAGCUCAUCAUGGGUUGAAGCUGCUUUAG